AUGGCCAUGAGUCAGGCGGAAAGAGCGCAAAAAUAUCGUGAGAAAAUAAAAAAAGAUAAGGUUAAAUAUGAAGCGGUGAAAGCUAAGGCUCGUGUUCGUGGUAAUUCGAAGAGAGAAAAGUUAACCGGUCUAGAUCUGGCAGCAUUCCGUUUGAAAAAUAAAAUCAAUCAAGUUAAUUUUCGUAAGAGUAAAAAAAAACGUUUGAAUACAGAAACAGUUCCCAGUGCAUUCAAGAGUCGUCAGUCGUUCGGAAAGUCUUUGAAAAAGGUUAAUUCGCCUUUGCCGAAACGUGAUAAAAGGAAAAAAAUAAUUGUUCAGCAUUUAGCUCAGAAAUUUGGUCUAAUUCCUAAACCAACUCAUCAUCGUACUUCAGUUCAACUUUCUGCAAAAUUGAAAAAAGAUAUUUAUAAUUUCUAUGUUUGUGACGAUGUUUCGUAUCAGCUACCUGGUAAACGUGAUACUAUUGUAGUGAAAGACGAUGAUGGACAGAAAACGACGUACCAAAAAAGAAUUUUAAUUAAUAAUUUAAGAGAAAAUUACGGGUUAUUCAGAGAGGAAAAUAAGAAUGUUGAUUUGAGUCGUUCCGCGUUUGCUGAUUUGAGACCUUCAUUCGUCGUUUGUAAGGCGGCUUUGGCUCAUCGUGUUUGUGUUUACGUCUAUCAUGCUAAUAGAGAACAGUCAAAAUAUUUUGAAAAACUUAAGGCUGAAGUGACCAAUGAAAAAGUUGUGUGUCAAGUUGAUUUCGCCGAAAAUUAUGGAAUGAAGGAGCAAGAUGAAGUUCAGUCUUCACAUUGGUACACAAAAACAAUGAGUAUAUUUACAGGUUAUGUUUGGUCCAAAAGUGGAGGAUUUGGUUUUGCUCUACCCUCAUUAGAUGUUAGUCACGAUAAAUUCGUUGUGAACUCAGCUCUGGAAUUAAUUUUAAAUCAUUUGAAAACUCUACUUCCAGAUUUGAAAGAAAUUAACUUUUUCAGUGAUGGAGCAGCGUCUCAGUUUAAGCAGCGUUAUCAUUUUCGAAAUUUAGUUCAGCUUGCUUCAGAAUAUAAAAUUAGUAUGAAUUGGUGUUUUUUUGCCACUAGUCAUGGGAAAGGCACGGUUG